CCAAAGAGGGGGAGAGAGUGACAGGGACAGUCCCGGAGGGAGAAAGAGAGAGUUGUGGAAAGCAGGAAGGGGACGGGGCUGGACAUUGAUGUAUCUGCAAUGAAGUGGGCUGCAUUGGAAACUGUCCUCAGCUCGGUUGGAGCUCAGGGACUUUUAUGUUUGUGUGUGUGUGCGCAACACUGUGUGCUGUUAACGGGCUAAUAAUGUGAAGGAUUGUGAACGUCAGUGUCGAGCUGGCUGUGCUCAUGACUAUAGCAGCCGCAGCCGGCAGCCGCAGAGGGAGCUCACAGAGAGAGAGAGAGAGAGGGACAGAGGGAGAGGGGACAUCCUGCAAGCUGCUCCUCACACUGACCAGAGAGAAUUCUCCUGCCAUUUCUCUCCCUCCUCACUCCCAGCUGUUUUAUUUUACUUUUUUUUUAAUCCUUGCGUUCUCCCCCCGCCCCAGUACUUCCCCUGGGACAUGGCCCGGGACCAUGCUCGGGGCAGACGUGGCUCCAGGAAGGCAGCUUCAGAGAGCAGGGCUCAUUGAUUCAAUCCUCAGUAGCAGGGAGCGUCUCCCAUUCAUUCUCAAGUUUGCUGCUGCUAUGGGCUGUAUUAACAGCCUGGUCUGUAAACCCCGGGUCUGCCGUGAAUCCAUCUGCCUCAAGGAACUCUCCGCCACCAUCGACGACACCCCCACGGUCAUUGACGAGAGCUCGGACAUUGUGCUCCGGUACCGGACCCCGUAUUUCCGAGCGACCGCCCGGGUCUGCGUGCCGCCCAUCCUCCGGGCCGAGACCUGGGUGGUCGGCUGGAUCCAAGCCUGUAAUUACAUGGAGUUUUACAACACGUACGGGGAGCUGGGCAUGUCCAGUUGGGAGCUGCCCGAUCUCAGAGAUGGACAUAUUUCAGCAAUAAGUGACUCUGAUGGAGUUAACUACCCCUGGUACGGAAACAGCACAGAAACUUACACUAUUGUAGGGCCCACCAAAAGGGAAGUGCGUUUCACAGUCAGCAUGAAUGAUAACUUUUACCCCAGCAUCACCUGGGCUGUCCCGGUCAGCAGGUCUAACACCGCCCAGCUCACCAGUAUCAUGAGGGACCAAAGCUUUACCACAUGGCUAGUAGCCUCCAACACGGGCACAGGGGAAGUCAUUGUGCUGCAGACCAUCAAGUGGAGGAUGAAGCUUCACAUCGCCGUGGACCCCAGCAAAGCGCUGGGGGAGCGGGCCAUGCUGCUGGAGCCCAUCGAGCAGGAGACCCCCUUGAUCCUCAGCAAGAAUGAGCCCAUCGCCCCCAAUGCCCUGAGGAAACCUAACGCCAACGACGCCCAGGUCUUGAUGUGGCGGCCCAGUGUGGGUCAGCCCGAAGUGGUCAUUCCCCCGAAAAUCUGACGGACGCCAGCGAGCGUGUCAGCUUGCACAGGGGAGGGGGUGUUGGCAAUAGAGGCCCCCAAAGCGACACGCCUGCAUGAACCACGCACGAAAAAUACAACCGUUCUACCUUGAACUGGAAAUGGUUGUCGGAGUGUGCAGAGACCAUCACUGUGCUGCAAUCUGAUUGGUUAACUCAGCUACAACAAAGGGCCUUAGCACUGUGGGAUCAUCUCAUCAUAAAGACUCUCCCUGUGUCCUCGGCUCUCUCUGUCAAAACAUUGCACAACUCCACAAAACUUUUAUUGAAUCCUGUCCAAAACUGGAACCACACUUGAACAUGAACUUUCGCGAUUUUAUUUGUUUUUGUAUAAGACAAACCUCUUCUCGCCAUGCUGCCUUAAGUUAGCAAAAGCAUCUCAUUGCAAAUGUUUGCCUUAAGAGAAAAAUGGGUCAAAGUAUUUCAUCAUGAGCAUAGACUAAUAAGCUGCAAUAUAUGACUGCAAACCACCAGCCUGUUUCAUCUCCAGAAUGUUUCUCACUUACAACCCUGAAUUGUUUUAGUGUAAAUGGUGAGGUUCCACUAAAAGGGUUCGGAUGGGGCAUCUAGUCAAUAUUGUCAUUGCUUAAGAAUCUUAAUGAAGGCUGACCAUAGGAACAUAGAAAAUAGGAGCAGGAGUAGGCCAUUCGGCCCAUUCCAUUCAACAUGAACAUGGCCGGGAGUUUCAAAUAAAUGGUCAAUUUGAUCAAACCGAGAUUCACCUCACACACACAUAAAAUUCACCUCAGUUGUCCAAAAUCAGUGUCACUAAUCUCUGGGGGAUUAGUGGUUUUAUUUUUAUUUUGAAUAGUAUAUUUUCCACUUACACAAAGCUGUUGCAGUUUCAAAGGUCUGUGUCACAGCUGCUAGCCCCCAGUUAAGAGUUCAACCCCAUGGAUCCAGAGGAUGAAGGGGCAAAUCGGAAGGCUGCACUUGUCCUUACUUCCUGGAACAGAUGGGCAGAAUGUCAUCCCUUCUACACAGACAUUACACAGGACCGUGCUGGUGUUUGCAUCCACAUGCGUACGGGGCUGAGUUGGAUUUGUACUGUCCACAUCUCAACCAUCGAACGGGCAUCAUUCAUAACCGAGAGCAAGCCCGUUCGGCUCAUAUGCACCCCAGGAGUCUCCCCUUCCUCACACCAUCAGCGUAUCCACCUAUUCCUCUAUUCCUCAUGCCCUUGUCCAGCUUCCCCGUAAAUACAUCCACACCAAUCCAGUGCAAUGAUGCCCCUGUGGUAGUAGGUCCACACGCUGGUGCUUUUCAUCUGAGUUGCUGAUUAGGUAGUGACUGUCGGGGGAUGUGGGGACAUCUUCAGUUUUUCCAUGCACUAUUGAAUGCCUCAACAGUUUUAAAGACCUCCAAAGGUCACCCAUCUGACAUUGCACUGACAGGAGAGUCUUUUCUGAGGGAUUUAUAGCCCGUGUGUACCACAGGUAACGUGACCUGAUCAAAAACAAUUCUGAAGCAUCAAGCGACAACUAGUCGGUCACACAUAAGAUACUCAGCACAUUUUGUUGUUGGAUCCCAUGUAUCAGAUUGUGUAGCUCACGAUGCGAUGCACCAAGACUCAUGCACCGGUACUGCUCCCCUCAUUGUGCACCACAAACGCCGACAGUGUUAGGGGUUAAUCAAGUCGAUAAUGUUAUUUCUAGAAUCUUGUGGCUGUAAAGUCUUUGCAAACGAUUUAGGGGUGAGGGGAAUGUUGCCAAUACUGUGACACACUGCAACACUCGCGCCUGAGUCUAGGAUGGGGUCCGUUUUCAUCUGAAGCUGUGAUAACUUGCGAAAAAAGAAUACACAGCGGAAAAUGCUCUUUGAAAGAGACAAUUAAAAGCAAA